GUGUGUGUCUUCUUGUCGGAGGAGGAGGAACGUUCGGUGACGCUCUGCUGGUUCCUCACUGGACCUAUUCCCGCCGACGCCUCCGCGCUUUUAUUUUUUUAAUUUUUUCAUUAUAUUCAAAUUCUUUUACAUGGGAUUUUAGAACUGGAUGCGGAAUGAUGAUAUUGAUAGUUUUACUGGGAUGAAUAUACACAGAAAGGAUAUAUUCAUGAUCGGUGAAUAUCAUGAGCUGAAAAAAUUGAAUAUCAUUAAAAGUGAAAACUCGAUCUAGUGUUGUUGUUGUUGUUAUAUGUAAAUAGAUAUAUCUCUUCGUCGACCCAACACGGAAUGACUUCAACGCGCACGUAGAAAACAAUCCAGAUAUCCAGGGACCUCGUGGUGCCCUCAAAGUGUCAAAGUAUAAAUAAUUGAAUCCUAUAUUAAACCUCUGGUCGUGGAUUUAACAUUGCCAAGAUGAUGAACGCUUCGAGCACGUUGCAGUACCUGAAGAAACCUUUCUUCUGGAAGCUGGGAUACCUCAAGCUCAACAAGAAAGCCAAAAUACAGACUGGCGGUGAGGAAGCGGAGGUCAACCUCGAGACGUGCGUGCCACUGCCGGAGGAAGAAAGCAGCGCUCCUCUAAGUCUGACAGCCUUCAAGGGCGAGCUCGACUCCGCUGUCACGCAGUAUCUGACGCAGGUGAAGGACCUCGGUUACAAGGAGGAAAGCAGAGACCAGAAGCUCCUCGAGGUUAAGUUCAAGUUAGACCCGCAGGAGAUCAGACCGAAGGUCAAGGAGGAGUUCAGAGACACAAAGCCGAGGGUCAAGGUCAUAUCGAGGGAGGAUAAGGGCGAGCAGACCGAGCUCGAGGUCGAGCUCCCGUCGCUGGAUAACCCGCUCUACCUGACGCUGAGCGAGUGCUCCUCGGGAGAGCUGCCGCUCGAGCACUUCUACGAGAACGGCCAGAUCACCGACGACGAGCACAUCUACGAGAACGUAGAGAACUCAACCGGCGACGAGGACGAGGAGCACCUGUACGACACCCUCCCGCGCCACAAGCCCGACCUGCCGCCCAAGCCCGACUUCCUGGCCCAGCUGGCGGCGCGGCAGAGCGAGCCAGUCAAGCGCGCCUGGAACCCCUUCGUCAGCCUCAGCGUCGAGACCGGCGACCCCACGCCCCCCCUCAGCACCGCCUCGUCCCUUUCGUCCCCCGACUCGCACGCCUCCAGCGACCGCCUGGAGGACACCAGCCCCCGCCGCACCGCAGGGAAUACCAACCCGUUCCUCCCGUCGGCGCCGCGCGAGACCAGCGAACAGACGCUCAUCCUUGACGGCUCGGAGACGUCGGACCUCGGGUCGUCCGGCGGCGAGGAAGACAGCGGGUCGGUCGAGGACUGGCCGCUUCCCCCGACGCCACCACCCGGAGAGGACGCCGUCAUCGUCGAGGACCACCCUCUGCCACCACCGCCUCCCGAGCUAGCGCUGCAGGAACUCGAGGAGAUAGUCAUCCGCGAGGAGGAAGAGGAGAGGAAGCUCGCCCUCCAGAAGGAGAAGGAAGCCAUCGAGCGCGAGUACGGCUCCCUCAGGUUCCAGGACUCCGACUUCAGAGAGGAGGAGGUUGACAAGGUCGAGGCCGUCAACGCGAACCUAGCGCUGCUCGAAAGGAGGUUUGAGGACACGUCGGACACCGAGCCGACCGCCGAGAAGGAAGCCGCUACAGAGAAGGAAAGGAAGCUCACGUUUUCCAAGGAGAUCCAACCUGAAGUUAAGAAAGAAGUCAAGACAGAACUGAAGAAGGAAACAGACAGAGUAUUCAAGAAAGAGACAAAAACCGAAGUUAAGAAGGACACAAACGAAAAGAACUUAAAGACAGAGGCAAAAGUUGUCCAUCUCGACGACGACAGCGAGGACUUCGACACGCCGGCCAUCCGCCACUCCGUGAUCAUCGAGCUGAAGGACUCGUGCCCCAGCGUCCCGAAGAGCCUCAGGCCCUCGGAAAUCCGGCGGAAGGAGUCCCUGAAGCGAAGCGAGAGCCUGAAGCGGACGGGCAUCCUCGAGCGGAUAGAGACCCAGAGGAAGUUGGAGAAGAGAGAGUCCUUCUGCAAGUUGUUCCCGAAGCUCGCCACCUCCUUGCAGUCCAGGGUGGAGGAUCAUGGGAGCAGCGUCUCCGUCGGAGUGAAGUCGCCCAAGAAGGAAGACCCAGCGUUCUCUUUCCUGAACGUCCCCAGCAGCGCGGCCGACCAGGUGAUCGAGAUCUCGGACGACGGCUCGUGGGAGAUGAAAGAGACGAGCAUGGACUCUGACGUCGCCGCCCACACCAACCCCGACAUCGACCCCUUCACCGGCAACCCCAUCAUGGCGCCCCCGCUCAGCCCCCCCGCCAUCGCCGCCCCGCCGCUCGCCUUCCAGACCGACGACGGCAUGGACGGCGUCUACUCCGCCAACAUCAUCAGCACGCACUCCGGCCCUUCGUCCCUCGCCAGCGCCAGCACCGACUCCCUCGGAACCCUGACCUCCCUGCAGGCCGACGCGCCCGCUCAGCUGUCCACGCCCGAAACCAUCCUGGAGGAGAGCCUGCCGGCGCCUCUCGUCGAGAGCAGGACCGAGGCCGAGGCGAAGCAGCAGUCUUCCCCCAAGAGGAGCCAGGAGGAGCCGCAGCAGUCGGCCAAGAACCUGGGAGCCGCCAUCAUGAAGGGCUACGAGCAGGACCUCCUGAAGAAGAAGGAGAGCAUGAACCUCCCGGAGCAUUCCCUCCUGGAGUUCGGCGACUCCGUCCGCGACCUGGAGGAGCAGCGGCGCUCCGUGAUCAAGCAGAUGACGGUGAAGGCCAAGCGGAAGGACACGUGGAUUAAGACCUUCAACAUGCACGCGCACGGGGACGAGAGCAGCAUCCCCGUCGCGCCCUCUCGCUGCAAGAGGAAGAACUCCCCGAGCAGGGAAACGCUGGAAGCCGGGAAGGUCACGCAGUUUGCCAAGAAGGUCGACGAGAUUGAGAAAGAGACCACGGUCAGGACUCCCCCGAAGACGUCUCCCAAGAAGGAGGAUCUGCCGAAGGAGGAACCGGCGGUCCCCCCCAAGGCCCUCGAGAAGCGCCAGAAGAGCCUCAAGAAGCUCGAGAACAUCCCGCCCGCGCCGGAGGUCACGCCCAACGAGAACGUGUGCGAGGAGAGCGUCAUUUCCCCGAAGAACACGGAGGCGCUGGCGGCCUUCUUUUCGUCCCCCGCCAAAGCCCCCGACGCCAAGGAGCCAUCGGCCUCGCCCAAGGAGUCGCCGAAGAAAAGCCAAGCCAAGCCGGUGCCCUUCGACGAGCCAGACAGCGCCGCCGAAGGAAAACCCACCUACGAGCAAGUCGCCCCGCCAGAGCCAGAAGCCAAGACGUUCAUCCCAGAGGGAGCUGCCGAAGACGCCGAAGCCACAGUCGAAGCCACCGAGGAACCAUUCGCAGUCGUCGAAUCCUCAGAAUUCCUCGCAGCUCCCGAAACGAGCAUCGUAAAUGAGGAAGAGGAAAAGGAAAAACAAGCAGAAGAAGAGGAAGAAGAGGACUCGAUGGUCAAGGAGAAGAACGAAAUAAACAAAGCCCACUGCGUCUUCCCCAAAGAGGACACGACGCGCGAAGCAGAGGAAAUCCCGGAGCAGAGGGAGGUCGAGGAGGACGUCAGGGAUUACACGGAGGCCGUCCCUCUGGCGCCGCAGAGCACGACGGAGGCGGAGAACGACGGCAGCAGAGGCGAGGUGGAAUACUUCAGUAUCCUCGACAACAAGGUAGCCACCAAGACCUACUGGGAGAACCGCAUGUUGGCCACGAUGGAUGAGGGUGGAUGGGAGAGCGUUGCUAACGUCCGCUUCCACGUGCCGGGAGUCACGCCCGUGGUUCAGGAGGAGGAGGAAACCCCCCGCACGGUGACACCGCCCUUAGAGUUCAUCCCUGCCCCGCCGCCGCAGUUCGACAACUCCCCCGCAGAGUCGGAGGAGUCCAACCCGCCGUCCCUGGAGGCUCCGACGAAGCUCAAGGGCGCCCCGGAGAUGGAGGAGGAGCGCCCCGCCAAGCAGUACGUGUACGGGGUGUCCGAGGCUGGUCCCAAGAAGACCGGCCGCCCGGCCCGCAUCGUCGAGACAGUGGCCAAGAAGCCCCCGUCGCAGGAGAACGUGAUCGAGGCCGAGAUCCGCGCCCAGCAGCAGAAGGAGGAGGAGCUGCGUCGCGAGGGCUGCCUCAAGAACGCGGUGGUGCGCGAGAAGGGCGCCUCGUCCCCGGCCAGCCACGACUCUGACGAAGGUUUCGUGGACCGCCUGGCUGAGGACGUGACCACGACGCCCACCAAUGGCUUCACCCACGCCAUUCCCGGCAACGAUGGGGAGCCGGUGAUCUACGACGCCGUCAGCCCUCCACCGGAGUACUUCGGCAGCAGCACGCCCACGCCCUCGAACACCACCGAGACGAAGAUCGCCCUCGAGAUCCGCGAGCUGAGGGAGCGCGAGGACGAACUCAGAAGGAUGCGCGAGAUGUCCACCUCGAGGGAGAACUUCCUUGACGACGACGAGGUGCGGAGCUCGGCCUCCAGGGACCAGCUCCUCGAGGACCACCUGACCUCCCUCACGACCACCACUGACGAAGGGAACUUCUCCGAGUGCGGCGACCCGGCUUCCUCGGAGGACAAGAGCAGCGACGGAUCCAACAGCCGCAUCAUGUCCCCCGAACUCAUGCACCCGGGAACACACUUGGACUUCGGCCGCAGGAAGGUCACCGUCAAGCCCUUCGAGGACGAGGAGGAGGACCAGCCAGUCUACACAAGGAUGCAGAAGGAGUCUGUGAUCGAGAGGGAGAUCCGCCUCGCCAGGGAGAGAGAGGAGGCAUACCGCAGGGAGAAGGGCCUCACCAACGCCCCCGUCAGCGCCGCCCCCAGCCGCCCCGCCGCACAGCCUGCCGUCGCACGCCCAUCGCCGGUCGUGACGGAUUGCCGCAGGGGCGUCCAGCGCAUCGCCACCAACAGGAUCCAGCAGGAGAUCCAGGAGACGAGCCAGAAGGAGAAGGAGCUCAGGGAUGCUGGCAAGAUCUUGACAAUGUCUGAGGAGACAGUCGAUGCCAAGGUGACCCGUAUGUCAGACUUCACGGAGGCGAGCGAGAGCCCCCGCCUCCGCCCUUCCUCCUCCAGCAGACCUGCAGGCUUCAGCACGCCCGUGACGAAGCGCAGCCCCUCCCCCCGCAGCCCCUCCUCUCCCGUGCCCAACUUCACCCCCUCCCCCGCCAGGGGCCUGACCAAGAGCCUCUCCACCACCAACCUGGCCAGCCCCACCGCCGCCGCCACCAUGCGGGCGCCGAAGGGCCUCAUGCAGAAGUUCAUCGCCUCCCGCGGCAAGAUGACCGCCUCGGCCUUCUCCUCCCCUCCCCCCGCCCUCACCCACGUGGCAUCCACAUCCCGGGGCGUCCCCACCAGACCCAUGAGAGUGGAACCAAAGACUGCAGUUGUACAGAGGGAGACGCUCGCAAGGAUGAGGACAGAGCCAUCAACAGACACCGUGGAUGAACCCCUGAGACAGCAGAACAACCAGGUUUAUCGCCGGACUCACUGCACAGCGGAGGAGAAGAUCCAGUCAGAGCUGAGAGAAAUGCAGAUGAGAGAAGAGGAAUUGAGGCGUCUAAGGGCCCGCCAACUCGCACAGUCCCAGCCCAACCUAGCGGGUCUCGGAGCUGACGACGACGAGGAGACCGACCUCCAGGACCACAUGUACACGCACGAGAUCAAUGGUCUUCGUUCGGUCCUCUCCAAUCCUAAUCUUCUAGAGGACGAGCCAGAGCAGACACAGGCCUCGGACAAGAUGGUGAGGAGGCGCAGCGCCUUGAUUGCCCAGUGGGAGAACCGAAUCCAGCAGACCAGUGACACCUGAGCCCACCUCCCAGAAAGCAUUUGGUGCUUGUCUCAGCAAGUUAAGCCAUAUGCAGACAGCCGGCCAGCUUGUCCUUGGCAGCCAUAAGCGCAGCCAAUUCAGCACUACAUAGCUUAUUUGACUCCUUAUCGUACAUUUGUCAGAAAGGCCUUACCUUGCUGUUGAAUUCCUAAGAUAUUUAGGCCUUGAUAUAUAUACAUAUAUAUAUUUUUAUUUAAUUGCUGCCAGGGUAGUAAAUUGUUAUAUAGUACAUACAAACUGUUAAGCAUGUUGCUCGGCUGCUGUGGCCAUUCUUGUGAUUAUAGUGUGAUAUAGUAUUCUUUAAUGUAUAAGUAAACUGCUUUCUACUAUGAUAACCUCAGCUAGCAGGGGGGGUGGGAAAGGGUGAUUAAUUAGAUAGGUAUCAAGACCCAGUCAUGGUACAGGAGCGCGUGCCACCCACUGUAAUUUCUUGGCUUCUGUGAAGGAUACAUACAUCCCAGAUUACAGUGCUUCCUAUUAAAUAAAACUGUAAUUAUUUACCGUACAUGGCAUAAGUGUGCUUUCUAGUUGUGGACAUGAGCCACAGGUAGAAUAAUAAUUUAUGUGACAGGACUAGGGAGCCUUUCUAGUGUUUUUUGUACAUAUGUAGAAUAUGCAAUAUGUUAUAUUUAGUACUUAAUCCUAUAGAAGCAUAUACGUUAUGCUGAUUGAGCUGCAUAAUUUAAUUGUUGAAUAAUAACCCUUUGUAUGUUAUUUUAGGAAUAACGUAGAUUAAGGUGGACAUAUUACCUUAUGGCGAGUCUGCAGGCAGGAUGAUCAUGUGGCUGCCUUAAGCCUAGCUGUAUCUCUUUGCACAAAUAAAAGCUUAUAACUAAA